AUGGCUCAGUGGCCACAGCCGCCACGCUCGCCGACGCGUCGCGACGGGCGCUUUGGAACGGACACGAGCGACUCAUAUGCUUUGGAACACCGUCUCGCGCCGCGAAGUGGUGCACACGAAACUGCAAGUGCGCGUCGGCAACAGCGACGGAGCGACGCCGAACUGUCGACGUCGCACUCGUCGGCUUUCAGCGGCGAUGCACUGGACUUUGGAUCGGCCUUUAGUUUACCUGAGCAGCGACACCCGCCACUGCCUCUGGGACCGCCUCUGCCGUCGUCAUCUCCUCAUCAGUGGCCGACAAUGGAAAGGGAAGACGCACGCUAUCGUCCGACAAACGACAAGCCAAUUUUCGUGAAGCAGGUUUUGUUCGAGAACAAGCUGCACCGUAAUUUUCGGUAUUUGAAUACGCGUAUUACAUUCCGCGCCCCACGAUCUCCAGGUGAGUUUGAAUUCCGAGUGUUUGAAGAUAACAGCGGUCACAGUCAUCCGUCUAACGGGAAGCGUCAAGGACACACAAAUGAUGACCACCACGCUGGCAACCACUACGACAAGGUGUCGUACUCUAACGUGAUAAUCGCGCGCAGUAAUCGACUGAAGGUUUGCUUGGAGUACAGCCAUUUCAUCGAUACAUUACGUGCGACAAACGACAAGUAUCAGCAAGGUGUCGACGAUGGCGAUGCUGGACUUGUCCUAAGUGCCCUGCUCGCGCUUAUGCGACUAGUGGAUCAAGUGGAAACAAUUUUUCUUCACGGCCAUGCUCUGUUGGGUGACCUGCUGGAGGCUUGUCUGCGGUUACUCGAGCGUAGUGCUGAAGACAUUGGACACUCCUUCGCAGCUACUGAGACGAUUCCGUGCCCCGUGGAGACUUUUCAUGGCACGCUGCGCAAUGUGUUUAAUGCCAUCGAGGCUAAUAAGUACGUAAGAGAGCUCGUGGCAGAUGACCAGCUUGCUGACAUUGCUCGCAUUCAACGCGAGCGCUUUUGCCAAGUCAGCGGGCUGUACUUUGCGAACAACGCAGACCGUUGCGCUUUUUGGCUGGAGCACCUUGGUUUUGCACCGAUAGACGUUGCAUCUACGGGUUCAGAUCUUGGCAGUGAGGAUGAGAUAUUGCACACCGCUCCGUUCGUGUCGCAGGCUUUGUCUCAGUGGGUCGAAAGGGAAGCGGCCGAACUGAUGCCAGAUAGCGCUGCUUUCCGCGCGUCGCGUCAACCGAUAUACGACCAACUGGAAGCUGAGGUUAUAUCCAAGCUGUCAUUUACAUGUGAACUGGAUGUGUUUGGAUCAUCGGCCAACGAGUUCGGCAACGAGCACAGUGAUAUGGACAUGUGCCUCGUGUUGCCCGAGCUGAGUAGCCCGACAGUAGAGGAGAAACAACAGAUGCUGCUCGAAGUGGUUGCUCGACUUGAGUCGCGUCCAGACUUGUUUGCGUCGGUUGAUACGACACGCCUGACAGCGCGCAUUCCGAUCAUUAUGUUUGUGUCACGUACGGUGGGCAUCGAGUGUGACUUGUGCGUCGAGAACCGGUUGGCGCAGCGCAACACUGCCCUUCUUCGUGCUUACGCGAACGCUGAUCCACGCAUGCGCAUGCUGGCGUAUGUAAUCAAGCGCUUCGUGAAACAGCGGCGUAUGAACUGUGCCGCUGAGGGGACGCUCUCGUCAUACGGCUAUCUCCUCUUGCUCAUCCACUUCCUCCAGCGCCAAGAUCCACCUGUGCUGCCGGUGCUGCAGGCUCUGCCCCUAAACUGGCCGGAUAGUCCUCGUGAAAUGUUGCCAAGCGUGCUGUGCCGUGGUCCUAGCGAGGAGUUGGACGCAAGUGCAGGCAACGGCACUGAAGGCCACAGCGGUAUCGAGACGUAUUUCUACGACCCGUUUGCGUUCCGGCAGCCGGAUGAAAAGAUAGCCUUAUUGCGCGAAUACUGCGCGCGCAACACACAAAGCGUAGGUGAGCUGCUGCUUGGCUUCCUGCGCUACUAUGGUUUGCAAUUCGAUGCCACUCGCGAUGUCGUAAGCGUUCGUCGCCCGGAUGCUGGCACUGUUACCAAGGAAGAAAAGCGGCAAACUUCGCAGUGGCGGUUCACAACGCGACUGAGUAUCGAAGAUCCAUUUGAGGUGGGCUACGACGUGGCACACGUUCUGAAAGGGUCGCGUGACAAAUACAUUCGCCAGCAGCUUGCACGAGCGUAUGUGCUGCUCAUGGAUGGCGCUAUGCUACAAACGAGGAAAGCUGGAGUGGAUGAAUGCCAAAAUGAGCGAGACGCCGAGACUGAUGACAAAGCUGUUGAGCGAAUAAUGUCGAUCGUGAAUGAGCGCGUGACGGAGGUGCCAUUCUUGCAAGCGCCACCCCGCCCGAUGUCGUCCGCACCGAUAGCCACAUGA